CAACCCGAGUCGUCAAUGCUCCUGGAAUUCAGUCGGACACACUCAGCACCGGGGAAUCAGCAAACCACAGCUCGGCUCAGCUCGGCUAGGCUCGACUCGGCUCACUGCCUGUACACACAAGGACGACUUCAAUAUUUUGGUCAUUUUCAUUUUUCGAUUCUAACACGAGUUUUCUUCAGUUCGCUUUCUUCCUCUCUGACUCGGAGCGACAUCUCGCAGCCUCCUGCACACAGACAGGAUGUCGGAACUUUCCGUCAAUGAUCAUCUCGAAGGGAUUUUAUCAGAUUUUGAAGCGCUGAAGAGAUCCUUUGAAAUUGAAGAAGUGGACAACAUACCAUCCUUCUCAUCAGCCUCUCCUAUCUCCACCCCCAUUUCCCCAUCUUCCCAUUUUUUCCUCAACCACAAUAAAGCCAAUGAGGAGCGCGGAGGAGGUGGCCAGUCCCCUUCAUUAGCCUUCAACAACAACAACAGCAGCCUGAGCUCAGCAGCCCACCACUCCUGCAUAAGCCUGAGUUCCAAUCCCAGCCCAGUCCUCAAGUCCCGUACGGUAGUAGGCAGCCUGUCCUUCAACCGAGGAACCACGAACAAGCCAGUCAUCCAUAACAACGGCUCCUCUGUGACCAGAGCUGCAUCCUUCCAGAGCAGGUUAAACCCUAUUAGUUACUCCAUGUUGUCUGGGCCAGGCAGUGAUAAUGACAGCCUUCACAGCUCCACGUCCAGCCUGGAGUAUUCUGGGGUGGUUGGGGGUACCCUCCCUCUUACCAAGCUUGGGUUAUAUCCCAGCCCUUCACCUCAGGGGGAGUACCACCGAGCCCAGCCGCAACUCUCACAACAGCGCCUAGAAGGAGGUCCCAACUUGGGAAGCAAACACAGUCUGAAGAAGUUCUCCUCCCAUGGGAGUGUUUUCCACUCCGAGAUGGACCAAGGGCCAACGAUGAUGCUGGGUGUUCCGCAGCCUUGGGGUGUGAACCAUGGCUCCAUGCCCAGCCUAGAUCUCCAAAUUUGUGAUGGAGGAGGAGGAAUAGUGGAAAUGCAGAGAGGUGGAGAUGAAGGCAGGGUGUCUCCAGGGUUGAGGUAUGCCAAUGCUAAUGCCAACUGGAAUGGUCAUCUUCAUAAUACUGCUUCUUUUGGGGAGGAGAGCUACUGUGGCUCCAAAAACCACCAAGGCCAACAGGUCCUCAAGACUCCCCAGCCUAAGGCCAAAGAGAUACCUCGUCUGAACAAGUUUCCCUUGAACUUGGACAGCUUGGUAAGCAGCACCUCAACGACAUCUCCCUCCAAGGCUCAAGGAGGAGCCAUGAAUGCCAACCCCCCCAAACCUCCUCCAAGGAGCACAGGAGGUCUCCAGCACCACACUACCCCACCAUCCACCUCUGCCAGCCCUUCAGCAUCUCUAAGCAGCCUGGAUAGUUCUUCUGACACCCCACCCCUUUCCCUUCACCAUCCCUUUUUGCCUUUCUCCCCACGUUCUCCAACUACCAUGCAAGGAUCCAUCCCUGUCCCAGAGAUGAGUUGCUCUCCAGUGCCCCUUUCUCCAGCCCAGAGCCCUCAGCUGCAGAUCCUCUUAGGGCCCCAAAUUGUCCAAAUGGUCCCUAACCUGCCUAGCCCUCACAGCUCUUCUAGCCCAUCCAGCCCCCGAGCCAUUCACUCUUUGGAGGACAGCACAGGUGAGGCCAGAGAUAGUGUAGGCUCAAUCUUACAGAGGAUUGCCUCCUUCUCCCGGCCUGUUGUCCAUGACACCACACAAGCAGCUGUUACCCAGUCUCCUACAAUCCAAAGCAAUGGUCAGUUGUCAUCUGCAUUUGGGUGUCCUGCUGAGCACAUGCCCAUACCCUCAAGGAAACAAGUGGGGAAGAAACAAGAACAAGAAGAAACUGCUGGAGAGACGGACCCACUUGACCCAAUGGAGGAGAGAGAGGAGAAGGAGAGAGGCAUCAUGGGACAAGAGCAACAGGAUGAGAGCAAGAGUGAAGGACAACCAGCGAGCAUGAAUACCCAGAAUUCCAUGACAGAAAAAGAAGAAAACUUUGUGGAGGUUUGUGCAGAGAUGGAGGAGAAGGGGAAGGAGAAGGGAAUGGAGGAAGGAGAGAUGAAGAAAGAGAUGGAGCUGGAGGCGGAGGUGACAGUGGAGCUGAGCCAGACUGUGUCAGCCCAGCAGAUGAGUUUCAUCCGGGGCUCCGACCUGUUUGGCUAUGUGGGCAUUGAGGCAGUACUGGACCAGAUGAGGCGCAAGACCAUGAAGGCUGGCUUUGAGUUCAACAUCAUGGUGGUUGGUCAGAGUGGUUUGGGGAAGUCCACACUUGUCAACACUCUGUUCAAGUCCAAGGUCAGCCGGAAGUCCUGCACACCCAACUACGAAGAGAAGAUCUCCAAAACAGUUAAACUGCAUUCAGUCAGCCACAUGAUUGAGGAGAAGGGAGUGAAAAUGAAGCUGACAGUGAUCGACACUCCAGGAUUUGGAGACCAGAUCAACAACGAAAACUGCUGGGAGCCCAUAGUGAAGUAUGUCAAUGAGCAGUAUGAGAAAUACCUGAGAGAGGAGCUGCAUGUGAACCGCAAGAGGAGAAUACCUGACAGUAGAGUCCACUGCUGCAUCUAUUUCCUCCCUGCCACUGGACACAGGUUACGCCCCAUUGACAUUGAGUUCAUGAAGAGGUUGGGGAAGAUAGUGAGCAUCGUACCAGUCAUCGCCAAAGCUGACACACUCACCAUUGAAGAAAGACAGGAGUUCAAAGAGAGGAUAAGACAAGACUUGGCAGCCAAUGGGAUUCAGGUUUACCCCCAGAAUGAGUAUGAUGAGGAUCCAGAGGAGCACAUCCUCAACAACAGGAUCAGGGAAAGUAUUCCCUUUGCUGUCGUAGGAACUGACAAGGAGCACCAGGUGAAUGGAAACAAGGUGCUGGGUCGUAAAACAAAGUGGGGAAUCAUUGAAGUUGAAAAUGUGGCACACUGUGAGUUUGCCAACCUGAGAGAUCUACUCAUCAGGUCUCACCUGCAGGACCUGAAAGAUGUGACACACAACAUCCACUAUGAGACCUAUCGUGUACAACGGCUCAACGAGAGCAACAUGAACUUCAGUGAACUGGGACUGUCCACCUGGCCACUGGAGAAUGGAACUGCUGACAAAUGUGAAUCAGAGAGCCACCUCUGAUCCCUCCAUCAUCAAUGUUUAUGCUCCUAAUCCGAUCAGAAUGAGAAAGGGGGAAAAGAAAGCUAUUUUUACCACAUAAAAAUGAGAUGGAGAAAUGUUUUUUCCUUUUUUCAUUAUGGGACCAACUAGUGGAUUGUUUUUAAAUGAGGAAUUCUAUUGGAGUUUUACACAAAAACAUAAGAAAAUCAUCAAAUAUGAAUAUAUUUUUAAAUGUGAGCAUAUAUAUGUUCUGGAAAAAUUGUGACAUGUACAGGGCAAGGGAGAGCAGGCAGCACAGCAUGGCACAAAGAGAGGAAACAUAAACAAACAGUAACUCCCCCACUGGUAUCAAAGGUAUGUGGGCAGCCCUUUACGUCUUAACAUCAGUGUUUAACCUCACUAACAGGCUAACAUUUGUAUAACAAACAUUUGACAAUGUAGUGAGUCAUUCUUGUUUAGGCUAAAUAGGUUUAAAUGUCAGGAACCCACCAUGUUGCUCUUGCUUGUAGAAAGGUUUUGAAUUCAUCUGACAGUAGAAACAACAAUGAACAAGGAAGCAAAAGUAGUUACAGCAUGGAAAGCAGGUAAAUGAAUCCCUCUGGAAAAAAACAGCCAUAUAAAAAAUAUGAAUUUGCUGUUGUGUUCAAUUGCUGCCCUGUUCAUUUUGACUUAAUCUGCUUCUUGAGUUUCUGGUCUGUAGUACUAAAAUCAUGUAAGAACCAAGUUGUCCCACAUGCUGUGGAGAGGUGGAUGAUGUGCAAGAUGUGCAGAUGAUGAUGUGAACUUAUUUUUAUAAAAAGAUGGCUGCCUUUAUAAUACUGAGCUGAGUUAAUGGAAGAUAUAACUGACUGUAGGGAAUAUAAAUUAAAUGAUUACACUGUAGGGUUGGACUGCUGAGUUUCAACAUUUCCUAGCCUCUUUUUACAUUCUGGGCUCUAUAUCCACACUUACACGGACAAAACUGUCACGUGUUGAAAAUUUUUGGCUCCACAUGUUUUUAAGAUACUUUUUGCUUGUAGUCCACAUUAAAGUGCCAAACCAACAGAAAAACGAUUGGAUUGGUUGUCUCAUAUAUCCUUUAAAGAGCAACCACACCCAAAAGUUUUUGAAGUAACUCAGAUAGAACAUGUCAUCAGUUGACUACAUAAUGCACCAGUGGAAGAAUUUACUUAAAAAUCUUGCUUAGUGCUCCACCCAGUGGAUAAAAUGUGCAUAGGAAGUUAAUUUUGAGAUACAUGCGUGUAUAACAAAAACUGCUUGGCAGUAUGACACCAGGUUUGCAGGUAACUGGGGAACGCAUUUACAUGCACUGCAGUAACCUGGUUAUUGUAAAUCCAUGUGCACAUGGAUUAGAAGUAUGGAUCACUGAUUUGAACUGUCUGACUUAUUUAGAUGACUGCAAGACACUUUGUGUUAGUUUCAUUAGUAGUGCAAGUUGUAUGAAAGAUCGUGAUCUAAUCUCAUUUUCAAAUGUCACUGAGCCUGAUAAGGUUUGGUUCUUGUAAUUAGCGGUGUGGUUCCAUUUAUUUUUCAGUUAUUAUUUCUCAGUGUAGUCUCCUAGCCACAGUUCAGAGCUGUUUUUCAUAUCAUGCCGCUAACAUCACUCUCUGGUUUGGAAAUAUGCCAGCAAAACCAGUGUCAUUAAGGGUCAUACUAAAUAGUGCAAUCUCUGUGUAAAAGCAUCUCUAGAAAUUAAACAUGGAGGAGAAAUUCAUCAACAUCAUGAUGGCCUUUAGUGAGUUGUAUAGCCCAGCCAUGACAGAGCACAUCACUGUGCAGUCAUGUGGUGUUUUAUCUGUUUUAAGUCUAAAUUUCUGGUUAAUAUUUUCUACUUGUGUGUAUGCUGGCAGCAUGUCUAACCAAAACAUUAUGAAGACUUCUUUGUAUGAUUUUUUUUGUAUCACACUCAGAUUUUGCCCCAUACCUUGUUGUAAUCACAAGCCCAUGUGACACAUUUUUUUUUUUGGUGUGAAUGCAGCCAUAUCCACGUUUGUUCUCUUUCUGUGAUGGCUUUUCACCCUGCCUUCAACUGUGGCCAUUCAGAAUAGGUAUAAAUACUCUUGCCUUUAGAUGUGAUCGGAUGAGUAGUCGUAGAUGUAAUAAUGUGUUUUUAUUGGCUGAAAAAGUGCAGCUGGCCUCUGUGCCUUUACAGAUACAAUGGUUAGCUCUCAUUGCUAGCACCACAGGCAUGCACAUCACAUUCCAUGCUACCUACACUGAGUGUCUUAUUGUCAUAGCCAUCGCAUCCUCAGGCACUAUGUAGCCAUGAGGCCAAGCCUAACAUUGAAAUUUGCCUCCCCACCUAACCUCUACUAUUUUUUAAAAACUCUGAAAGGGGAAGUCCUGUCAGAGUGAGGAUGUCCUCUAACACCCUCUGUGGGUGUCCUCACUGACCACAGCUGCUGGGUGUGGUUAGUUGUGUGGUCAGUGGUGUGCUCUGUCACACCUGUAACCACACUCAAGUGACGUCAUUGUGCACUGACAUGAUCUAGAGUGAACCUCCUCAUCACUGCAGUGAGGUGAGAGGUUAAACCACUGGGGGUCAGCAGAAACAAUGUUUUGCUGCUGUCAAGUUGCCUAAAAUGUGCCUUAGCACCAUAAUUUGACCAGGAGUAGAGCUGAAUAAUUAGACCCUUUCAACAAAAGAGACCUUUUACUCCAGGUGGUUUAGUAGGUUAAACCUUCUGUCUCCUCAGAUUCAUUGUGACUUUUACAGUGUUUCAGUAGAGGUUAUUACAUGAUCACACCCUCUGGGUAUUGUCAUUAACAUAUUUGUCUGUGUCUGCUAACCUUAUUAAAGAGCCACUCCAACACUCCAUCUUGAAGGGAGGAGAAACAAUGUUGCACCAACCUUAAUGAGUUCAUGUCUGUUGUAUUUCUGAUGGCAGCACUGCUGGAUGUGACCAGGUGUAGUAUGUUGUACUGGAGAGCUGGCGCUCACAGGUUUUGGACAGAGAACACAGCUGCAGUGGCUAGAUUACAGCACAGGCAGGACUUUCAGUCUGGGUGCAGUUAGCUUGAAAUAACAGUGAGAGUGUGGAGGAAAGGGCCACAUGGAUAUAACAUUUUUAUCUGUAUCCACGUUAGUGUGGGUAUUGCCUGUUACAUUUUCACUGUUGUUAUUACCCAGCACAGACAGCUUACACCUCCAUAAUGUUCAGUCAGCUCAGUGUAUUCUGUAAUACCUGGGUUUGUGUUUUAUUGUAAUGACCAUGUUUUCUGCCUGGCGUCAAUAGUUAACAGAGUUAAGCAUGAACUGUUGCUCUUUUUCUUGUACUGUGUUUGAGUGACAACUUGCAUGAUAUUCCUUCAGUUUUUGCACUUGUUAUUCAGAUAUUCAUAAUAUAUUUUGUAUUCAAGAGAGGCUGUUGAAGCAUGCUUUGUCUGCUUUACAUCUUAUAUUCACAGUGAUUGCCAGUUCUCUACUGGUGACCAGACUGGUAUAGAACCACAUUUGGCAAAAUCAUAAAAUGUUAAAGGCUAUUCCAGGCUAUUUGCGCACUAAUUGCCUUAAACCUGGCACCACUGAAGUAUUUAUUUUUCUCAAUGACAGUGUGCUAAUGUUGAAAAAAGUUGGUCAUUGGUAUGUAAAGUAAUCAGCUACUUCAUCUGUAUGUGAUGUGUAAAGUUCUGAUACCAAACCCAAGACCUGGUUCUCCAGACCAUGCGUUGUGUAAAGCUUGUUUUCAAAUUUGGUUGUUUUCAGUUUGAAUUUAUCUAUUUUUUUUUUCUCUCUAUGCCAACAAUCUGCAUCCCAGCUCAUCAAAUGUUGCAGCCAGUGGGAGGACAGGAGGAGACAGAGUCCAGCUGUAGUGCAGAAGCUAAUAGUCAGAAAUAGAUGAAAGAUGAUGAAAGAUUUUAGCUUCAGUAUACAGCUUCCCAGGUCUUAUCCGGGUGAUUAGUUUGGUAGUACAGUCAAUCAGGUCAGGUUGUUAAAGGUGCAGGUAUAGGUCUAAGGUGUAGGCAUGUGCCGUACUCUGGUGGUGCUUUCUGAUUACCGUUGCUACUAGGUAGCUGUCGUGACUAAAGACAAAACCAAUGACAAUUUAAGACUUUUUCCAGGAAAAGUAGGAGAGAAAAAGGCAUAAGGCAUGUGUCUUAUAAUGUUAAAAUGCCAAACAUUCACUGCAAUGAUGAUACCCCCUCCACCCUCACCCCACCUUUCAUAACAUGUUAGUAGUAUGAAAAAGGUUUGCAGUGCAAAAUCAGUUGGACACCCUUAAUCUAGAUCAUUUUCUUGGAAGUGAAAACCAAUGUGAGAGUUAUUGAGAUGAUUUUUUGUAGUUAAUUAUAAUGACUCACUGCACCCAUACAUGUACUUGCUUGCAGUUUUAUGAGACUCAUAUAUGUUACAUUAGUGUGACAAUAUAAAUUAUUUUUGAAAUUUUGACUUGUGAGAGUAGGAAAAGUACAGGUGUUACUAAUAACGGUGGCUCAGUUCCAUUCAGGUGUCCCAGUAAGCCCUGACAGUGUGACAGUUAACUGAAGCAGCUAAACAGAAUUCAGCCACCAUUCACUGAAUUAUUUACAUUUGCUUUUCGUUUGCUUUUUCUAUUGCGUCAAAACAUUCAUGAAAAAGGCCUACAGUUACUCAGGCAGGAUUACUACAGUAUGGUUUGAAUUUUACACAGUGGCUUUUGAAAUGUUCAAAUGAUUGUUAAUGUUAAGAUGGCAAGGCAUGCUGUCAGCAGUCGGCUGUCUUCCUAGGGAUAAAUGAAGAGUAAAAUACAUAUGUUUUAGAGAAGCUGAAUAUGACUAGACUCUUCUUUGUGACUUAAAGGUGUUCUGUGGAGUUUUCUUUUAAACAAACAAUUGUUACAUUUCCAUUUAGUGUUAGUCACUGUGUGUAUCCUGCACAUCUAAUAAAAGUGUAAAGUGCAUUUUCCUUCUCAUAAAACAUUUGCAAAGCUGAUCUUUUAAAUAUUUUAAAUCCUGUAUUGUUCAUCUGUGUUCACCAUAGAUCGGUGGGAUAGCAGGAAUUUCAGCUGCAUGCGUGUGUGUAGAAAAAAAGCUCCAUAGUGCUACUACAGGUCAGAAACUUCACAGGGAACCUUUAACUACACAUUAUCUUGAAUGAGUGUAGCCUCCAUGCUAAUAUGUUAGCAUGCACAGUUUGGAAUGAUAGUGGAAACAUGACAAACAUGUAGCGGUAGCUGUUGCUGCGACAUUUAAAUCUAGUUAUGGCUCAACUACCCAGCAUUCAAAUUAUCAGUGUCCCUCUGCCAUCACCCAUCAUCCACAGUGACACUAAACCCUCCACAGUCACAUUUCACUUUGGUUCUGAUCACAUACUGCAUGUGGGACAUGUUACUGUCCUCUUACCUGCUCCUCUCUGUACCCUGAACCUCCAUGUCAUCUCUCAUCUUUGUGUUUUAUACUCAGCAUGUACUAGCAGCUCUGUAUGAUUAUUGUCUUUGUUUUGUCUUUGGUUUUGUUUGCUUCAUUUUUGUUUUUUGUUUAGUUUUGUUUUUAGUAUUAAUGAUACACAUGUUAACACUGUUGUUUCACAAUUAAAAACUUACUUUCUCAGUGCAGUGUAAAGUCAUUAUAAUAAACCUGCUGAUUGUAA